UAACUUCUUUUUUUUUUUUUUUUUUGAUGAAGAAGCGGAAAUAAGUACUCACCUUUCCUUCAUCUUCGGGGCAACGCUUGGUUGACCGGCCGUUAAGGGGAGAGAGAUUUAGAGAGAGAGAGAGAGAGAGAGAGAGUUGUAGAGAGAUUUGUAGAGAGAGAUUAAUUGUCGGGUGGAGGCGUUGACCAAUUAUUCCGGCGCAGAGCGUACGCACGUGCCAGUUCCCGCUACGUCCUCGCACACGCGUGUCACCCACCACGGUACAUCCUUAAUUAUUUGAUGAACACUUCUCAUACUCUCACAAACAUAAAAAAGUUUUGAUUGGUUUUAAUUACUAAAGAGAGGAGGAGGAGGAGAAGGGGAUAACAAUGGAGGGGAAGAGGAGGCUCACAAUUAAAACAAGUGAGGAUAUGGAGAAGGAUAAGGAAAAGGAGAUGGCUAAAAAGUUGGAUUUGAGUGGCAUGUCACUUGACUCACUCCCUAAUCCCUCCAUUAAUUUGGGUCUCAUCACCAAAGUGGAUCUCUCCAAUAAUAAUCUUGAGAGCAUUCCCGAAUCGCUGACGGCGAGGCUGCUGAACGUGGUGAUGCUCGACGUGCACUCGAACCAGCUGAAGUCGCUGCCGAACUCCAUCGGAUGCCUCUCCAAGCUCAAAGUCCUCAACGUGUCCGGCAACCUUCUCGAAACCCUCCCCAAGACCAUCGAAGAUUGCCGAGCUCUAGAGGAGCUGAAUGCCAACUUCAACAAGCUGAUCAAACUCCCGGACACCAUGGGCUUCGAGCUGACAAACCUGAAGAAGCUCUCCGUCAACUCGAACAAGCUGGCGUUCCUACCCUACUCGACCUCCCACAUGACUGCGCUCCGCGUCCUCGACGCCCGACUCAACUGCCUCCACUCCCUCCCCGACGGCCUCGAGAACCUCGUACGCCUCGAGACCCUCAACGUCAGCCAAAACUUCCAGUUCCUCCAGUCCCUCCCCUACGCCAUCGGCCUCCUUAUAUCCCUCGUCGAUCUCGACAUCAGCUACAAUAGGAUCAGCGUCCUCCCGAACUCAAUGGGGUGCCUGUGCAAGCUCCGCAAGCUCCAGGCGGAGGGCAACCCCCUCGUCUGCCCGCCCAUGGAGGUCGUGGAGCAGAGCGUCGAGGCUGUGAGAGAGUACCUGAGCGCAAGGAUGAACGGAACCGCAACAUACCCGACGCCGGUUAAGGGCGGGUCGUGGUUCAGGAAGUUGGUGAAGUGCGGGACAGUUAGUGGCGGGAUGAUCCCGAGCAGCCUGGGGUUGAGGGAAGAGCACGACGGGCUUCUGAUGCCCGACUAUCAUCCAAUCGACGGGCUCGCAUCGCCGAGAUACUCAGGCACGUUCUCCCCACGCCGGCUUUUCUCCCCGAGGAGAAAUUCGCUGAGGAAGUAGAAUGGUCUGCGGAUUAAGGUCUGUUUCUCCCAUCUAGUUAUGGGAAAUGGGAGCUUUCGUAGGGCAUUUGUUCAGAUGGAUGCUCAUAGGAUUACUAUGAAGCAAGGAUGUACAGAAUUGCUGUGCAUAGUAGUUUUCUUUAUGGUAGGGUUGUGGGAGAGCAUAAACCAAAGUAUGGUGCUUCUUACAAACGAUUGAUCUGUUAGUAAAAUGUGCAGAGUUGUUAAAACAUCUCUGAGAAUUUCCUUGCUAUUGAAUUAUAUUGAAUGUGUCAAAAACUUGCGAUCUUUAUAUACAACUUUUCUUGCUAA